AUGGCAAAUGAGAUUCAUUACACCAAAGUCGGAGGCUGCUUUUUUAUUGCAGCAUUAACAAGUUUCAUGUUGAGCAACGCAUUUGCUGAUUGCAGAAAAGUUGAAACACUGAAAACCGAAGCGUCUGUGAAGCACAACAAAGCAGUCAUCAAAACUAUAAAGGGAGAGGCCGAAGAUUUGAUAGAUUGUGUUGAUAUCUAUAAGCAGCCAGCUCUUAAUCACCCUCUUCUCAAAAAUCACACUAUACAGCUGAAACCAAGUGAAACUGAAACCGUAAGUGGUGCUCAAGAUGAGAUCUUUCAAUCUUGGAGUCAGAAUGGAGAGUGCCCGGACGGAACAAUCCCCAUUGUGCGACGAACACAGGGAUUUGAGCACCAUCCAUCUAAAACAAUGCCACAGUUUGAGCCCAACCAAUUUGAGCUCAUCCCUCCUCCUCAUCAUGAGUAUGCCCAAGUUAGUUUGCACGGUGGUCAAUACUAUGGAGCGCGAGCAGGAUUUAAUGUAUGGAACCCAGCAGCAUAUAAUGCAGACAACAGUAUAGCCCAGAUAUGGGUUGUGCGAGGUAACGGAAAAGCACUGAACAGUGUAGAAGCUGGGUGGAUACGUAUGAACCCGCGUGACAACCGAACGCUCUUGUUCACAUUUUGGACUGGUGAUGGUUACCAAUCCACUGGUUGCUACAAUCUUGAAUGUCCUGGUUUCGUCCAAACAAGCAAAAAAUAUGCCCUUGGCGUACCAAUAUCACCUAUUUCUGGGUACAAUGGGAAGCAGUAUGACACAUUCAUAAGCAUAUACAAGAACACAAAUAGUGGGCAUUGGUGGCUUCAAGUGCAAAAUGAGGCAAUAGGAUACUGGCCUGACACCAUCCUCCCAAACCUAAGAGGCAGUGCUGAAUUGGUUAGUUGGGGAGGGGAGAUUUACGAUUCACAAGCUGAUGGUCAUCACACAUCUACUCAAAUGGGGAGUGGUCAUUUUCCUGAUGAAGGAUUUGGGAAAGCCAGCUAUGUUCGCAAUCUCCAAUACAUGGACGAUUCUUCGCCUCUCACUUUCAAAGAUCCUGCUGGUCUUCUAACUUUUGUGACAAAGCCUUCAUGCUACAAUUUAAUUGUUAAAGACAAAACCCCAAACAUGGGAACCCAUUUCUAUUAUGGAGGUUAUGAUAGUUUUGAAGUAUUUCUAUUCAAUAUGGCAAAUGGGUUUCGUUACACCAAAGUCCAAGGCUGCAUUUUUCUUGUAGCAAUAGCAAGUUUCAUGUUGAGCAACGGAUUUGUCGAUUGCAGAAAAGUUGAAACAGUGAAAACUGAAGCGUCUGUGAAGCACAACAAAUCAGUCCUCAAAACUAUAAAGGGAGAGGGCGAUGAUUUGAUCGAUUGUGUUGAUAUCUAUAAGCAACCAGCUCUUAAUCACCCUCUUCUAAAAAAUCACACUAUACAGUUGAAACCGAGUGGAAUUGAAACUGUAAAUGGUGUUGAAGAUGGGGUCUUUCAAUCUUGGCGUCAGAAUGGAGAGUGCCCAGACGGAACAAUCCCCAUUGCACGAACAAAGGCAUUUGAGCAUCGUACAUCUAAACCAAUGCCACAGUAUGACUCCAACAAAUUUGUGUUCGUCCCUCCUAAUCAUGAGUUUGCCCAAGUGAGUCUGCACGGUGGUCAAUACUACGGAGCAAAAGCAGAAUUUAACGUAUGGAACCCUGCCGCGUAUAAUAAAGAUAACAGUCUAGCCCGGGUAUGGGUCGGGAGAGGUAGCGGAAAAGCACUGAGCAGUGUAGAAGCUGGCUGGAUACGUAUGAACUCGCGUGACAACCAAACACUCUUGUACACAUUUUGGACUGGUGAUGGUGGCCAAUCUGGUUGCUACAAUCUUGAAUGUCCUGGUUUCGUCCAAGUAAGCCAAAAAUUUACCCUUGGCGGUCCCAUGUCACCUGUUUCUAGCUACAAUGGGGCACAGUAUGAUAUAUUCCUAAGCAUAUACAAGAACACAGAUAGUGGACAUUGGUGGCUUAACGUGGGAAAUGAGGCAAUAGGAUACUGGCCUGACACCUUCCUCCCAAGUCUAAGGGGCAGUGCUGAAUUGGUUAGUUGGGGAGGGGAGAUUUACGAUUCACAAGCUGAGGGUCAUCACACAUCUACUCAAAUGGGGAGUGGUCAUUUUCCUGAUGAAGGAUUUGGGAAAGCCAGCUACGUUCGCAAUGUCCAAUACAUGGACGAUUCUUCGCCUCUCACUUUCAAAGAUCCUGCAGGUCUUCUAACUUAUGCGACAAAGCCUUCAUGCUACAAUUUAAUUGUUAAAGAUAAAACCCCAAACAUGGGAAUCCAUUUCUAUCAUGGAGGUCCUGGGUUUUCAGCGGCAUGUCGUUAG